AAAGCUAUUGCUGAAAUUACCAAACAGCAACUGUAAAAAUGACCACUACGCAAUGUAGAGAACUGAAAAAAAUAACGGCAUGCCCGUUUCUUUUAGCAUACCUAAGUAACUUUAUGUUCUACUGUUUUGUAGCGGUAUAAUCCACGCGUAUUUGUGUGACAGCUGGUGUCAAAUUUCGAAACAAGUUAAAAUUUCGCGGCAGACCGGUGUUUAGUGUUAAAGAUUCUGUAUGCCGAAAAAAAUCAAUCCAGGUCUUAUAUUACUGUGGUGUAAACUUAAUUUAAUCUAACCCAAAGACUUUACUUCUCGAGUUAUUUUUGGAUUAUUGUUGCACCGCUUAAUAACGGAAAAUUGUCGUGUACUGUAUGUCCGCCUCCUGGAGCGUUUUAGUCCUUUGUGAUUAUUUAUUGACGCCAUUUUGUUUGUUUGAUGACCGUAGGCUAGUGGAUUUGAAAGUCAAGAACGUUUGAGGCGUCAAUGAAGAAAAAUGGGUAGCAGUCAGCAGUUCUCACUCAGGUGGAAUAAUUACCUGAACCACAUAACUGGUGCCUUUGACACAUUGAGAAAUGAUGAUGAGUUGGUGGACGUAACACUGAGCUGUGAAGGCAAGCGCAUUAAGGCUCACAAGAUGUUGCUGUCUGUCUGCAGUACUUAUUUUAGAGAUCUGUUCAAGGAAAAUCCUUGCCAACAUCCUGUGAUAAUUUUUCGCAAUGUCAAAUUUGAAGACCUAGUGGCUCUGAUAGACUUCAUGUACCAUGGAGAGGUGAACGUGAUGCAGGAGCAGCUCACUUCCUUUCUGACAACAGCAGAACUGUUGGCAGUGCAGGGCCUCUCUGAGGAUAAGGGCAAGGAGAAGGAGAGGGACAGUAGUCCACUGCCAGAGAGUGAGGUGGACUUGACGGACUCUCCUCCACCACCGCCGCCGCCACCACCACCAGUUCAUGAGACCGAAGGCUCUGUCAGUAAUAGUGGCCAUAUUGGGCUCUUGCGACACAACAGGCAGCGUACGUCGUCUCCACGAAGUCCCCCUCAGGCUCCGGCCUUUUUUCCCACCACCUCUAAUAUAGAACGACGCCCGGAGUCACCACCUAAUAAACGCCGCCGUUGGUCAUCUACUCAGCAGCCAAUCGCAAAACCUGCUGCAGUGUCUGUGACCAGUAGGAAAUGUGACGAUGAGGGAAGUGGGUCCCCACCACCACCACCUUCUCCAGCCAGAAGGCCAGUUACGGAUCAGACCCCAGACACCACUGAAAUUGUGCCACCGACGUCAAACCCUCCUGUCAAAAUGGAAAUGCCCGAUUAUGUUGAUGAAUCUCGGACUCGUGCUGAUCAGGGUCAGAUGCCCAGUGGAACAGCUGUCGAAAAUGACUCUCUUGCGAGCAUGGCACAACUUGUUGCUGCAAAAACUGAGGGUGCUUCAUCACCGACACAAGGAGUGAGUUCGGCUCCGCCAGAUUUGUCAGAUCUUUACGGAGGGAGCUCGCGGGAUGCAGGGGCCACUUCGGACAGCUUGUCUGCUGUUGAACUGUCCCAGAUCCUUGCGAAACCGGGACCGUCGGGAGAAAGCCAGAGCCAAGAUUCUCUGCAGGAUAUGUUGCUGAAGUGUGCACAUGUCAACCGCAAUUCUGCCCCAAGAGAGGUUCACUGUUGCCAGACUUGUGGAAAAACAUUCAGAAAUUAUGAAUCUUUUUGCAAGCAUAUGCCUGUGCAUGAAGGAAAGACUCGGUGCCCCAUAUGCCAAGUGGUACUUUGUCGAACGUCUUACGUCAAACAGCAUAUGGUAACAGUGCACCAUGUUGUUUUGCAACCAGAACCAAACACUAGUGGAUCAGAGUGGACUGGCAGGCAGUGACACUAGGCAGUAUAUCUGUGUUGGUUAGAUAAAUGUGGAUAUAUACAUGAGAAUGUGGGUGUAAUAAUUAGUUGCAAAAAAUAUACGACAUAUUGUGUUUUACAAAAUGUAUAGUGUACAUAGCUUUUCUGCAUCAUUUUCGUGAAUAUAUUCUAGGUUAAAAUAGUUUGAACAUUUUUAUUGUGUAGUUAGUUUCAUUAUUUGCAUGUUACAUGAAUCAUAAUAGCGACCUCUCGCUGUGGUUGAAACAAGUCUGUUUUAUAAUUAUCGUACAUUUUCUCGAUGAAAAAAUGGAAAUUUGUGGCCCAUUUAUCUCUCUCUCUCUCUCUCUCUCUCUCUCUCUCUCUCUCUCUCUCUCUCUCUCUCUCUCUCUCUCUCUCUCUCACACACACACACACACACACACACAUAUUCUUCUAUGGAGUAGGAGUCAUAAUGAAAGUGUUAUCUGGAGUUAAUUUUAGUAUCUAUGGCCUCACUGGGUAGGUGCUCUAAGAUUUUUUAUGAAUGAAUAACUCUCUCCUUUCUGUGCCACACUAAGGUUGAGUGAAAGAUAGUGUAAAUAAUUUCUUCUUGUAAUAUAUUUUGAAUGUUACUGUUGUUAUCAGCCUGUGAUUUAUUGUUGACAACAAACGCCAUAAGGGAGUAAAUGCACAGAGUUAUUAGUACACUCAACUGUUUAAAGAACUGUCUACAGGAGCUUCUAGAGUGGACACCACACUUGUUACGAACUUGUGUGUAACAAACAUUUUCUUCCUUGAUGACAAGUUAUAAAAUAAAACAGUUAAAAUAGGAAAAUUAAGCCAACUAUUUGACUAUUUCCUUUCCAAAAACUGAUAUUAUCCGUAAACCAGAAGUGGCAGAUCCGAGAGGCUUAAGAUGAUAUGUAUCAUGUGACUUCCAUUCCAGAUUCUUAUUAAUAUAAAUAUGUAAGAAUUUAGAAUAUUGUUUUAUUUAUUUACCCUCGUGUUAUCAGGCCUCCUGCAGUACAGAAUUGCAUAUAUUGUGUUCUGUCUAAGUUCAGCAACAGUCCAUUUGCAGAGAACUAGUUAUUAAUCUUCAAGAAAAUAUUAUUUACAUUGUAAAGUUUUUAAUCCUCGCAUGAUAUGCUUAUUGCAUACAGAAUAUAAGAUUACUUCAUAUAACAAGAACAAUAGCGAUGCCCCCCCCCCCCCCCCCCCCGGUUUCUUAAUUAAACUUUCUGGAUUCUUAUAGUUCGAUAAGAUGGAAAUCAGUUGCCAGCAAGAUUCUUGAUACCGUAGUAUUUGAGCUUCUCUUAAAACAUCUUUUGGCAAUUUUUUUCAUUUCGUUGUUUUGAAAACCUGUCAGAUUUUAUUGGCUGGUACUUUUCAUGCUGUUUCAUGGAUAACUCUUAAGAUUAACAUGUACAUUGGCACAGCUAUGUAGGUGAAAUCUUGAGGUAUUAAAUAAAUACCUGCGUCACAGAAAUUACACCAAAUGUGUCAAUAACCACAACCAAUAUCUCUCACCUUAGGUAAACUGCUAAUAUAAAUUUCAGUGAGCACAAUCUCUGAGGGUAUGGAGUAUUUUUAAUAUUUUGGAAGAUGAAUGAUGACUUGUAAGUAGCCAUAUGAAACCUUUUAAAAUCCUGGGCAAUACUGACUUUUAAAUCAUUUUCUUGAAAGAAAAACACUUUACUACACUAAAUGUUUGCCUUUUCCAGAGAGUGCCCAUGUAGAGUAUAAUACAUUGGGAUAUUCCAUUCUUUUAUUCUCCUUGAAGUAUGUUGUCAUGUCAUUAUUUUGUGGACAUUAAAUACUAAUAUCUCCUCUUAUGCCUCUGGUAAACAAUUCAGUUCACAAUAUUAAGAUAACUGUCAGUAGCCCCAAAAAGGUUAUCUAUCUGCUACAUAAAUUAAUGAAAAAGAAUAUUACGAACUCAGUAUCAGCACAGUAAUUUUUUUCAGUUAGUGUUUUAAGUUAUGCAGUGAAUCCCAAGACACCAGGGAAACAGUAAGAGAACAAAUUAGAAGCACUGGGGUGUAGAUGUGGGCAACUGUAGUAAAAUGACCUCUGAGACACUGUAAAAAUAAGUCAAUGAAAAAAGGUCACUGAUUUAACAUCAUAAAAAAUAGAAAAGUCAAAUUGAUUGGGCAUCUAAUUCAGCACAAUAAUUUUUUAAAGAAUACCACAAAGAAAAAAUCGUGGGAUAGGCACAGAACAUCAAUAUUGCAGAGUGUGAUCAGUGGAAUCAAUUGUAAAAGCUACAACCACAGGUUGCAGAUGGCAAAGAAACACAGAUGAACGCCUGCAGCAGCAACACAUUGUCUUUGGUUAAUGAUGAUAACUGGCAUUACUACAAAAAUUGAUGUAGCUAGUGAUUACUUCUUUAAAAAAUCUAAUUAUGAAUGAAAAUUAUGUUUAUACGAUUUGGUCACAAGACCUGUGUCAGUUACACAUUUUUUACUAGUACUUUCUCUUUCAUGCUAGGCAGCACCAAAGUUUGGCCUCUACAUUUUGUACUGGAAUAGCCAAUUAACAGAAGUAAUUAGCUUUUUAUAGGGGAGCUAGCAUUACCUAUGGAAAUAUUUGAGGAUAAAUUACUGCGUAGAGUGGCUGUAUGAAAGUAGCUUUCACACUUAAAAUGUUAGCUUCUGAUGGUGUCCUAAAGUUACAGGAAGGCAAAGUAGUAAAACUGUCCAGAAUCAACAGCAUUUUUGAAGAUUCAUCUCAUGACAAAUUUUUUCACUUUUAGUGUGUGUAAAUUGCACAAGAAAAAAAUACAUAUCAUUGUUUUUGAAACCACAAAAGAAAAAUUUCAAUAAUUUUGUUUGUUGUCAUUAAACAGACCAGAAAUAUACUUAUUGAAUGUACUCCAGGCCAUAUAUAAAACAAAAAGUCCAAUGAAAAUGGUGGAGGUGCUGUGAAAAUACGUCAGUGUUCGGUUUUAAUGUGAUGGUUGGGAUUCAUCUGACAUAUUACAGAUACAUAUAGAGAAAUACCUUGUAGGAACUGCUCCUAUCAUUAUGUUUUUCCAGUUGUAAAAUUUUAUCAAAUCUACAAGAGUCAAGAAAAGUAAAUGCAGACCCAUCAUACCUUUAGUGCCAUUUUUUCCAUGAAUGUAUGCACAAUAAACAGUUAUGCUAUGAGGAUUGGUGUUACCAAACUAACAUGCUGUGGUAUUUGCAUUUUUUAUCAAUAUGAAUUAUCGCCGUAAUAGGUUAUACAAUUAAAACGAUAACAGUGAACAACUGAAAAUAAAUCUAGAACUAAGAUACAUUCAUUGAUGAACAAAGAAAGAAGGAAGUUUGGAAAAAUUUAAAUGUGGCAACAGGAGUUAACUUGUGUUCCAGUGAUUUCCAAGGUGAAUUAGGAGUGUGGUACAGAAAUUUUACAAACCUCUAGUACUUAAUUAAAACAUGAUGUUUCAGAAUAAAUGUCAUUUUUAAAGUGCAAAGUAGAGUUAGCUGAUGGUUACUGUGGAAAUGUAAACACCUUUGUGGUUAUGGGACUGUAAACAAUAGGGACAGGUAAACUGUAUAGGAGUGUUACAGACAUGAGAAUAAUUAGUAUGUUUUGUGUUUACUAAAGCAAGCAUGUGGUACCCGAAUUUUAUCAAGAGGAUUAAGUUUUAAAAUUCUAUUUUGUUUUACCAGAUCUGUCUUCUGUUUCUGAGUAAUUCUAAUUUUCUCUCUACUAUCCAAACUAUGUUCAUGUCUGUUAUGUUGCAAAAUUCUGGUAAAGCAACUUUUAUUUUGAAACUUAUUGCUUUAAUCUGGUUGUAUGCAACUCGUACAGUGCAAAUAAUGAUACAUAAUAGGAGGAGUAAAGCAAACAAGCCACUUUAUUGUUGGGGUGAUCGGUUGACAGGCAUAUAAACAAGACUGAAAACAUUGCUAAGCCUUAGGAUGUUGUCAUCCUUGAGAAAAGACAUAGAUAUACACGUCUGCAUGGCUUCAUUGUACCAACUGACUGUGUUCUAUCAGUGCUGCUGGUAUCUUCUGUCUCAGUUAAUAUAUAUUUUUUUUUAUUAUUUAAAAGAAAAUUAUGUAUGGGAAGGGUAUUAACGUGAUAUCAUGUUGAGUUCAACUGUCAGAUUAUUCUCAAAUACUGGAUUGGAUACAGGCCUGACGCAUACAUGGCAAAGUCUUUUUUGUGUAGAGUGUAUCUCCAAUAGCACUUGAACAUACACAAAGGAAAGAUAUAAUUGUACGAUUUGCUGUUCCAUUUUCAGUGGGAGAGCUCAUGAGAAACUGUAUUUACAUAUUGAAACUGAUAAUGAGACAAUGGAAAAUCCACACGUCUUUUAUUUUCUGAAACUCAAGUUAAUUCACUAGUUACGUCAAACAACCAAGCUGUAUGUUACUUUUGAUAGAUUGGAUGUGGGAGAGUUUGUCUUUCACUUGGAAGUAUUUUAUAACUCCACUGGCAUAUUGUAUUGCACAUAUUUAAAAGGUUCAUAGAGAAAGACUUAAAAUGACAUAAUUUUCAAGGUAAUAACUGCCAUGCCAGGCAGUGGAAUCCAGCACUGUACAAUAAAAACUGGGGAUUAGAAUGUUUUAUGAUUAAAGUGUGUUGUUACUGUUACACAUUCUUGAAAUGUCCAAGUUAAAUUAUACCGUUCAUUUGAAUAAAAACAUGAAAUGAGCAUUUUAUUACUGCAGUCUAUUGUUUCUUUGUUUUUAAGCAUCAACUCACUCUCAGGCAACCAUUCGUAGUACAGUUGUGACUGUACUAUGAUUCUAAUCUAAACUUGAAUAUGUAAGUUGUUGUGAUGUCCUUUAUUCUAAUGCUGUUGAUGAAAUUUCACUUUUGAUACACAUGGAAAUUUUGUUUUCUAGUUGGUGAAAGUUGGAGCAUUAGUAAAUACUGUCAGAUGAGUCUUUGUAUAUUCCUGGGUUGGGGUUGGGUUGUUUGGGGGAAGAGACCAAACAGCGAGGUCAUCGGUCUCAUCGGAUUAGGGAAGGAUGGGGAAGGAAGGCAGCCGUGCCCUUUCAAAGGAACCAUCCCAUCAUUUGCCUGGAGCGAUUUAGGGAAAUCACGGAAAACCUAAAUCAGGAUGGCCGGACGCGGGAUUGAACCGGCGUCCUCUCGAAUGCGAGUCCAGUGUGCUACCACUGCGCCACCUCGCUCGGUAUAUAUUCCUCCAAUGUAUACUUUUAUCUACCAUUGUAUUGUUGUAACUGCAUAAUCAGUUUGCUCUCUCACACCAAACAGCAAAAAGAAGUGAUGGACAAAUUGCUUUUAUACUUAAUAUAUGUUACUCUCACAUGAAACAUACAUUAUACUUUCUGCCAGAUUUGUGCAUUGUACAGUGAGCAAAGUGAUGCAGUGGUUAGCGUACUGGAAUCACAUUUUGGAGGAGUGGACUUCAAGUCCCCUUACAGCCAUCGUGGGUUUGGUUUUACACUGUUUCUGAAAAUUGAUGAAGGUGAAUCAGGCUGUAGUUCAUUACAAAAAUAUUAUUGUAAAUGUCCUUUCCAUGUGUGAGAUAACUUAAAGAAACAAAAAAUUCUGAUUUUGCUGUACUUAAUAAUAUCUUUUUUAAUUUUUUUCCCACACACAAAUCACUUCUUUCAUCUCAGGAAGUAAUGUGUUGAUGUGAAAAAAGCCCCAUUGCACUGUGGCUGAGAGCCCUUGUUAUGGUGCCCGUGUCUCUAUAACUUGUAAUGUCAGUCAGUUCAAAUAUUGGCAGAAUGCAGUAGCAUACCACCUAUAGUGUUCAAACCAACCAUAUGCUUGACUCCAUUUCUUCAACAAGACAUUAAACUCUAAUCUUCAUUUAUUGUGCAAGUGUUUCUUUGCCAGAUCUUUCCUUUGUUAUUUACAUAUUUAUGCAUUUAUUCUACUGAAUUUACUUGUGUAACAUGAAGUAUGCAACCAGUUUGUCUGUUACAAAAUAUAUCUUUAGCAUACUGAAACAUUAAACUAAAAGCUAUAGCACAUUGUUAUUGGCUAGAUAUGUACAGACAUAAGCUUAUACGUGAACUUGAAUAAUUUGUUAUACUGUAUCAAAAGGAAAAUUAUCUUGAGCAAAAGGAAAAUUAUCUUGAGAAGACUAUAAAAAUUACAAGGAUACAGACUGGUUGGCCACUGCUUACCUUCAUGACUUGGAAUUCCAGUACAGUUAGCAGAUAUGUUUAGGCAUGCAGACACUUAACCUAGCUUUCAGAACUAUUAGGAAUGGGUCGGGGGUAGAUUACAAAGGAACAGCUGGUCGUUCAGGUUACAGGAUGACAGGGAAAAUGAUGAUAUUUGUUUCUUCUUGUCCUCCUAACCAGUCCCUUCUUAUCCUGUGGUCUGACUGACCUGCCAUUCCCUUGUAACCUUGCCUGAUCCACUCUUCUUUCCUCCUGGAGGAAAGAGCUAUUAGUUGUACGUUGUAUUUGUAUUCCUCCUCCUGAAGGUAAAUUCUGGCAAACCCUCCUGUCUCUGUAAUUCAUAGUACUUUCAUGUAAACAGCUUCUGUUAUGAGAAUAUCUUACAUCUCUUUUGUCCUUUUUUUUCUUUUCUUUUUCUCCCCCGAAUAUAUAAUCAUAGUGCAGUCACAAUGAUGUAAUUGGAAUUAAUACCCGAUAAUGAGCAUGGGCUCAAACUACAAGGUGAGAAAAUAAAAAUGUGUGCAGUAAAUUUGUGUAUGUUGUAUGAAUGAUGGUAGUAUUAUAAAAUUCGUUUUUCACACAGUUUCAUAUUAAAUAUAGAAACUCAUAGUGACAAUGCUGUGGUGCAGCUCAUCAUUUUCAUAUAUCUUAGGAUAUGUGAAUAUUUUUCUGUUAAAAGAGACCCUUGGAUUGAAAUUGUACAGCUUAUACUUAAAUCAUAUCAGUGCUCUGAUAUAAGAACAAUCAUAAUAGUAUCAGUAGAUGCUAUUUAAGUGCAUCCCUAAAAAUUAACUCUUAGCGACUUAAAAAAAAAAAGGUGAUGGCUUAGUGCUUAGUUUAACACUCUGAGAAGAUUUCUCGACAAAUAAGAGAGUUCAGAGAAAAAGUGAAACCAUUUUCCUUCUCUUCUCUUCAUUUUACAAAUUAUUUAAAAUUGUGUAGCUGACAUGAUAUUGCAUUUCCUUUCUAUUUGCUAUGUACGUUCUUGUUGAAAUAACAAUUCAUAUAGUUUUGACCAAGUUAGUAAUUUAUAUUUUUUAUUUAUUUUUGAUUUCCUAAAUUGUUAUUUAAUUGUUACUUAAUAGACCUCACAGUUGUUUAUGCUUGCUGUUUUAACAUAGUGAGUGAGUAAUGAUGCAUUUGUCUGAUUGCAAUAAUGUGCCUGUUAACAAUAACUCUUGUUUGUCCUUACAAUUGAACAUUUUGGAGUUGUUAUCAGUUGCUGAUCAUAAAAAUGGGAAAAGACAUUGUAAAUGCAAUACAGCUUCAGGGAAGUAGUUGAUUAUUGCAAUAUUAGGAGGAAAUUCAUGUACUUAUGAAAAUUAGAUUGUGAAUGUACAAUUACUUUAUUGCUUUGUUGUGAAAACUUACUUUUUUCAUGUAGUGGGCAGUAAUGUUACCAUGCCUUGUGUUCAUGUGUUCAUUUCGAAUCUCUUUCUAUUUAAACUAACAUUGUGCUUGAUGUAAAGCACAUUUAUUGAAUACCUUUCUAUUCAUUUUAUAUCUGUUGAACAGUUGUAUACCUCCUGUAUUUGGUGACAUGUUUGAAAAUUUGUUUGUUGGUAGCAGGAAAUUUUGUGUCUAAUGUAAAUACUGUUUUUGUAAUGCAUAAAUAUAUUUCUGAACUAAUACCACCUUUUCAAAAAAAUGUUUGUUUCAAUUGUUAUUUACAUAUUUAUGAAAUUAAUAAACUAAAUUGAUUUGG